AUGGGCGGAGGCGUCCAGGUCGUCCUUAACGAGACAGGAUCGUGGACUGAAAUGGCGAAUCAGAGCUCGGCCCUGGUCCAGAAUCCGCCAGGUGAAAAGCCGUCUGGCAUGCUCGGCUUCCUCAGCCGCAAAAAGGGUCGAGACCGGAGUCCAAAGGCCAAAGAGAGGGGCGUGCUCGGCAAAGAGGGCGCCCGGGUUAUCAUCAGCAAUACCUGA